UCUACGGGACAAGGAAUUCCUUUCCUUCAUCCCACGCGACAACGGUCCAUCACAUAUAUGGCGUCCGCUUCGAAUUCAGCCCGUCACCUCCUCCUCGUCGCCGUCGUUCUCGCGGCCGUGUCGCACUCCGUCCGGGCCAACGGCCACCCGAUCACCGCCGAGGAGGCGUGCAAGCUGUACACCAAGCAUGCGUCCUACUGCACGGACGCCCUAGCGAACGUGCCGGGGAUCCCGAUGGUGCCGGUGCCCCUGCCGGUGCUGGCGGAGCUGGCGGUGACCCAGGCGGCCACGAGCGGCGCCGCGGCGCUGGCGUUCAUCGAGAGGCUGGAGAAGCUCGCCGGCGGGAUGCCGCUGGGGUGCCUGGAGAAGUGCGUGGGGAAGUUCCAGGCGGCGGUGACGGCGCUGCAGAAGUCGAGGGCGGCGAUCGUGGAGCACAGGGACGUGGCCCGCGUGAAGAGGUGGGUGAAGGCGGCGAGGGCGGACGGCGAGACGUGCAUGGACGGGUGCCACAUGAUGGAGGGCGGCGCCGACCCAACCAUCAUCCGCAGGAUCAAAGACCUCGGCAUGCUCUGCUCCAUUGCGCUCGCCCUCGCCGAUGCCGCCGCAACCCAUCACUAAUAAUUAAUUAAUCUUGGCGCGUGUCUCUCGUUUGCAUUACCCUAACUUAAUUAUCUUUCGCGUCGUUAUGCUUGUAGUGCACCGUUGAAUCUGUAAAUCUAUGCUAUACGUACACAUAUGCAUGCCCGGCAGUGUGCCAUUUAAGAUCGAGUUACG